UGCCUAUUGAGUGUAGUAUCUUUAAACGGUGGAGGAAAGGUCAACCUAUUGAAAUUUGGGAAGCUCAUAAAACAGCAAUCUAUGCAAUUAUAGAUUUAUUUUCAAGCGAGCAUGGGACAGGACAGAUGAAUUUUUUGACAAACCCCCACAUUUCUUUGGAGCGGUGGGUUCUAGCUCAGGACGAGCUUCACCUUCCUCACAGGUCGACCUCGAGGGGAGCCUGCUAAGAAAAGUGAGCUUGAGCAGUCAAGCGCUGAUGGAACUGAUCCCUCAGGUCGACCUGAGACGCUCUGUGGAUCUCCCAUUUCAAACUCGGAGUCGGGAAGCACUUCAUGCCCUUCUCGAGGCGGCAACGCAUGUUUGCGCACUCAGAAGGGAGAUUUUUGUUAUAAGAAGCAACGUUCAAGGAAGGGCAGCCGAGCUCCAAGAGGCUCGCCAACAUAAUGCCGAGCUUCUGAGUUGGGGAUUGUCCACCGAGAAGGAGUUGGAGCAGGUCAUUACUCAGUGGGCUCAGACCUUUCGGCAGCUAAUUGUUAGUACCUCUGCCGAGGUGUCCUUUCAAGACGAGCUGACUCGUGCCCGUAAGGGCUAUGAUGCUCAGAUGGAGGACCUGCUGGAUUCUUCUAUUUCACGGACUCUACUGGAGGAACAGUUAAAGGAGUCCCAAGUUGUUAUUGUUGACUUGAGCAAGUCCCUAGCUGCUGAGCGCCAGCUGGUUAAAAAUCAACAAAAAGAGAUCGAGGGAGUCAGGGUGGAGGCGGCCAGGGCCUUUGUGGACGAUUUUUUUUAACUUUGCUGACCAGGCGAUUAAGAAAUUUUUCGGCCUGGGUUUAGAGAAGUUCCAACCUCGUUUUGAUGCUCCCCCUAGCGGUGGUGCUUCUAAUGCUCCUAUUUCUCCUUCUGACUAAUCUAUAGGACCAGUCUUGUUAUUUCUCUGUGUAUUUUUCUACUAUCUGUUGUUUUUGUUAUCCGUAAACUUUUUUUUUUUGUAGUGAA